AUGGAUUUAUUAUUGAUCUAUGUAAUCGCUGAAUGCAUUUUGGCUAUUCAUAUCACUUUAUCGAAUUUCAUUGUUCUUUGGGUGUACGCGAGGACAAGAUCGGUUCGAACGGUGACAAACACGUAUAUUUUCUCAUUAGCGCUCACCGAUUUUCUCUCGGGACUCGUUGGUAUCCCAAUCACAAUUUGGUCGGUGCUCACCCGUCAACCCUCAACAUAUCUUCCUUGUUUAGCCGUUCAUCUUUUGUUAUGCGUUUUCUGCACAAUUUCCACUUUUCACAUGCUAGCCAUUGCGAUUGAUAAAUAUGCGACAAUUUGUUGUAAAGAUCGUUUGUUUAACUCGAGAAGAACGAGAGCUCUCAUCUUAUUAUGGAGUUCAUGGAUAGCCGGCACAGCGAUCGCCGCAGUUCCCCUAUUUGAUUUCUUUCAACUCUCUAGAGAAUCGAACUUCAAAGGUGAAUGCCAUUUCACCGAAGUGAUGGACUAUCGCUAUCUCGUUUAUAUAAUCUUUUGCGGGACAAUUCUUAUUCCAUCUGUUAUCAUCACUUUUUGUUAUAUUCGGAUAUAUUCAACGAUAAGUGAAGAAGAGAAACAAGUAACUUUUAUGUUAAAUCGUUUGGAAAGAGAGAGACGAUUGGGGAAUAGAAGGAAAUUGAUUAGGACAUUGCUGAUUUUGGUUUUCACAUAUGGAGCUUGUUGGUAUCCUCUCUACUUAAUCAAUACCUGGGAUUUCAUUCUUCCCAACAUCAAUUCGGGUCCAUUUCUCACUCUCUCGGCUGUUGUUUUAUCUCAUGUGAGUUGCGCGGCGAAUCCUCUCAUUUAUGCGUAUGGAAUGCCCGGAUUCAAAAAGGCUUUGCGAAUGUUUUUCAAUCGAAAUUUGGAAAAGGGAAAGAUUUGCACGAGAUUAUCACCAACAAGUACACAAAGGACAUUGACAGUGAAAGCGAAAGAGGGAAGACCGUAUUCGAGGAUGUCCGGUGAUGAAUGGCGAAUCAUUUCCUAUCUUCACAACUAUCGAAUUUCUGCUCAUCGAAACGAAAUGGAUGUACGAUCGAGGGAUCAUCGAAAAUCUGGCACUUUACCGACUGGGAUCAUCGUCACAAUUGUGAUCGUGAUUGCGAUAGCUUUUGCCGUGAUCCUUAUCAGUACCAUCGUUGGAAUUGUUUGCUGGCGGUGGAGACGAGCAAAAGCAAAAGCCGAAUUGAACAAAGAGGAUUACGAUCCGAAGCAUGGCGGGAUUUCGGACAAAUCGAAUCGCGGAAUGUUUAAAAAGCAACAAGUUGAUGGGUCGGCGUCAGAAGAAUUUUUUCAAGGCGAACAUGUCGACCAACGAGAAUGGCUCAUCCCGCAUCACAUACCGCCUAAUCGACUGUCAAAUCUCAUCAAAGCAAUCUAUGCGCGCCGUAUGCCCACUCCACAGGCCACAUUCAGCGACAAGACGGUGAAGCCCGAGAUUACGAAAGUGAUUCAAUACGGAACAGAGGAUCAAAUUACCAUCGCCGAGCCGAAAACACCUGAUGAAGCCGAUCCCGAGGCACCAAAUGAUGUCCCUACUCGAGUUCUCGUUCAGAUGCUUCGCCAUGGACCACGAACUUUCCCAUUUAAAGAAGAAGACAUAUGCGAGAUUUUAAGCCGAGCAACAGAAGUGUUCGCGAGUGAGCAAACCCUCGUCGAAGUGGCCGUUCCGUGUAUGGUUUAUGGCGAUAUUCAUGGACAAUUUUCGGAUCUCUUCCGAUGGUUUAACCUCAACGGAUGGCCAUAUAAAGUUCGAUCAUUGUUCUUGGGUGACUUCGUCGAUCGAGGCUCACAUGGAGUCGAUGUGAUGGUGCUGGUGGCCGCGUUGAAAAUCAUCUUCCCAACGUCUCUUUACGUGAUUCGCGGCAACCACGAAGAAGAACUGCUCAACAGAAGUUACUCGUUCUUCGAUGAAGUUAACUCGCGCUUCAAACCAACGGUCUACCCAUACUUCCAGAAGCUUUUCAGUCAGCUGCCACUGGCUGCGCUCAUCAAUGGACGAAUUUUGGCCGUACAUGGUGGUCUCUCGCCACAUCUCAAGAUGCUUGACGAUAUUCGCAAGAUAAAGCGCCCGGUUGAGGAAUUCGUGGUGGCAACGCUUCCCUGUGAUCUCGUGUGGUCGGACCCCGAUCCAGUUAAAGGAGCUAAAGGAUUUCGACCAAACUUGGAGCGAGAACCACAAAAUGGAAUCGGGCAACACUUCGGAGCGGACACAGUGUUUGACGCCUGCAAAAACCUGGAAAUCGACAUGAUCAUCCGUGGCCAUCAAGCUCCAAUACAAGGUUACUCACUAUUCGCUCGAAAUCGCCUUCUGACACUCUUCAGCGCACCCGGAUACAAAGGAGUUGAGAAAGAAACGGUGAACAUGGGCGCGAGCCUCGAGAUCAAUGCCGCUAUGCAAAUGAAAAUCCGCCAGAUCAGAGUCUCGGAAGUGUAUCGAAAGAAAAGAAUCUCGAACGAGCAGAACUAUCAGAAGACGAUUAUGAAGCAAAAGAAGGAACGGAACAAUUUAUCUGAUCGAUCAGAGGACAGCAAAGACAGCAGCAUCGAGAGAAGCACGGAUCGACUC